AUGGCUCUUAGUUUUCAAGAGCCUGAAGGCUGCACUAUGAUAUGGAAAUUUGUUCACAGCAUCCAACAGAGCCUAGUUGCACUCAGUAGACAAGAUGACGCCUUAUCAGACGACAUCGAUCCCUUUCAGAACCCUAUCACGUUGCCGCCUCCAAGUCUGGGUAACCUACAAGAGGUAGAAGCGCAGCUGCGCGGCCUUACCAACACACAAAAUGGGCGAGACGCCGUAACGAAGUUUGUCCUUACCGAUGGCUACAUUCAGAAGUUAAUACCUCUUGUGGAAAUGGCGGAGGAUAUGGAGGAUCUGCCGAGCUUGCAUCGACUUUGCAAUAUCAUGAAAAACCUGAUCUUGUUAAAUGAUACCGCGAUCAUUGAAUACGCCGUUACGGAUGAAAUUGUUCUCGGAGUUGUGGGCGCUUUAGAAUACGACCCGGAUUUUCCUAGCCACAAGGCGAAUCACCGGCAUUGGUUAGGCAAGGAAGGCCGGUACAAGGAAGUGGUGCGUAUCGACGAUGAGCAGGUCCGGAAGAAGAUACAUCACACCUACCGAUUACAAUACCUGAAGGACGUUGUGCUCGCUCGGAUCCUGGACGAUCCUACAUUCUCUGUGCUCAAUUCCUUGAUAUUCUUCAAUCAGGUUGAUAUUGUUCAGCACCUUCAGAUGAAUUCAGCCUUCCUCAAAGAUUUAUUUGGGAUCUUUUCGCCCCAGGAGAAAGAUGAGGAGCGCAAAAAGGAAGCCGUUCUGUUCAUUCAGCAGUGCUGCGCUGUUGCUAAAAACCUACAACAACCUGCGAGGCAGCAGUUGUACAACAACUUUUUGGGGCAUGGAUUAUUAUCCGUAAUCAACUAUGCCCUGCGCCAUAAUGACGUUGCUGUUCGAGUGGGAGCCACGGAUGUGCUCGUGUCUAUGAUCGAUCACGAUCCCCAGAUGGUCCGCCAAACCAUAUUCCGACAAAUCGGCGAAAAACAGGCGCCUCUGACGGAUUCUCUCAUCGAUCUUCUCCUGGUCGAAGCAGACCUCGGUGUCAAAGCACAAAUUGCCGAUGCUAUCAAAGUUCUUCUGGAUCCCGGCAUGAACAAUGCGCCACUGGAAAGUCUUUCCAAGACGGGUGGUGAUUUUGCGUCAAGGUUGCGGCCCCAGAUGGACCCCCAGCAAGCGGAAUUCCUGAAGAAGUUCUAUGAUGAUUCGGCGAAGAAGCUGUUCAAGCCACUGGUUGACUUAAAGGACCGGGAGGACAUGGAAUUCACAGUUCACCAGGUCUCUCUAUUCAUCUAUCUGAUUGAGAUCCUUUGCUUUUUCAUCCGACAGCACCCGUACCCCAGCAAGUAUUUCGUCCUUUCUGAAAAGUUGGCCCAACGUAUUUCUCAGCUCCUUGGAAGCCCAGAAAAAUACCUGAAACUCACGGCACUGAAAUUCUUCCGCAAUAUUGUCGGAUUGCAAGAUGAAUUUUACAACCAGACGAUGAUGCAAGAUCAUCUCUUCGAGCCGAUUCUGAACAUCGUCAUUGAGACCAUGCCGCGGGAUAACCUUCUGAACUCGGCAUGCCUUGAAUUUUUCGACUUCAUCAAGCAGCAGAAUAUCAAAGUUUUAAUCAAGCACCUGGUCGAUAACUAUCGUGACAAGAUGAAGGAAAUCACUUACGUGAACACCUUCAGUAGUUUUAUCUCCAAAUACGAUCAAACUAACGGAUUCACGUCGAGCGCGGAGUCCUUCCAAGACACCGAAGAGGAUACGCCGAAGCGUCCAGGGACUGCUAAGGGUGGCAGGUGGGCGAGUGGAAUCAAGGAUCUCGAUCCUACGGAGGAAGAGUAUUACAACACAUCAGAUGAUGACGAUGAGGCUUCCAGCAAAACGACAUCAAGGAAUGGCGCAUCCCCUGCAUCGAAACCACUUGUCGACUACUCUUCAGAUGAAGAAAACGAAGAUGGGGAUAAUGAUAGUCCACCAAAUGGCAACACAUCAGAAUCGUCGCCUGUGGUAGAUACUGAAAAUGAAAGAGCUCUAACCCCGACUUUGUCGACAUUGCCCAGCCCGCCAGAGAGACUGUCCGAAAAGCGUCGCCGCGAAGAGGAUGAGGAAGACGAACUCGGGAAGCUCUCGCAUCAUAAACGCCGAAACUCAACUGGCGGCCCAAGUCCGAACAACGUGUUGCGAAGGAAAAAGAGCUUCAACAACGGUGCAAAUGGCGGUCCUGGUAAUAACGGCAAACACAAUAAGAUCGCCAUUAGUCUUUCAUCAGCUAUCAAGACUAGCGCGGACAACAAGGGUGGAGAUGGCGGGAGUUGA